AUGGCUGAGACAGCAGCUGUAAUGUCACGAGAUGAAGAGGAGAUCCAAAACAGCAGCGAUGAUGAAGACCGAUUUCCGACUCAUGGUGCUGUAUCAGCAUCCCCCGGCUGCUCUGCCAGCCCCUGGUUAGACAGCCUUAAUGAAGACGAGGGAAGCUCAGCAGUGCCAGAAAGACUGUCUGUCCUCUCCAGCAGGGCAGUGGCCCAGCUGACAGCCCUGACUGGCCCAGAGAUGGCCAGUGGUGGCCAGGCACAGAGGACAGCCCCUGGGCUGGCUGAGCACCCUCUGGCAGCUGUAGAUGCAUUCUUAGGCUCCUCCUCACGCCCUGCAGCAGUCGAUAACCUGCUGCCUGUGCACCUUGCCUCCCUGCGUGCCAGAAGCCCCUGGUGCCAUGGCAAUUUGAGCUCCAGGGUGCUGCAGGCCCCAGGGCUGCCUGGUGAGGCCGGCGAGGCCGCACGGGUCGGGACUGACACAUGGCGGGCAGGGAGCGGUGCCGAGGGCAGGAUGGCCUCUGGCGGUUUGGGCUGUGUGACUGGGGCGAAGACCACAGCAGUAAUGGAGACCUUAGAAAAUAAGAAAAAGGAGGAAAAGGAGAAGUACAGGCUCCAGCUAGCUAUGUACCGACGGCUCCUGCUGUUGCGCUCCAUCAGGAGUUUGCACAGGCAGCUGGAGCAGCAGCAGGCCAGGCUGCAGGAAUGCUAUGGCACAGUGAUAAAUACAAAGAAAGAAGUGUUGAAACACAUUUGCUCAGCCUCGCCCUCACCUUUGCCGUAAUCAUGUCACUGCCUGCAGAACUGAGCUUUGCAAUGCCACCAGAACCCCCAGCAAGCUUGCAUGCCAUAGGGGUGGUGUCCUCGUGUGCGCCGAAUGGAGAGGAAACAGCAGCAGCAGAUCAAGAAAAGAGCAGAGAAGAUACAGCAUUGGGCCCUGAAUUUAUCUGGAGGAAAAAAGAGCAAGGGUGAACCUGUGCAAGGAGCUGACUCCUGGUGCCCAUUCAAAGCCU